AUGGUUUCCAGACACUACUUGGUUUUGCUUCUCUGCUUUUUGCUGCUGCUUCCUCUUUUGCUAGCUGCAGUCUUCUUAAAGCAGGAUCAGGCAAACAGCUUGCUGAAAAGACAAAGAAGAGCGAAUAGCCUGUUUGAAGAGUUAAAAAUAGGGUCACUACAACGGGAGUGCUUGGAAGAAAAGUGUUCGUAUGAGGAAGCCAGAGAAAUCUUCCAAGAUGAUAAAAGGACAAUGGAAUUCUGGCAGAAUUAUGUUGAUGCUAACCAGUGUGAUUCUGACCCCUGUCAGAAUGGUGGGACAUGUGUUGACCAAUUUCAGGCCUAUGUUUGCCUUUGCCCUGAGGAGUAUAAGGGCAAAAACUGUGAAAAAGGUCUGAAUGACAAACCGAGGUGCAUUAAUGAAAAUGGUUACUGUGAACAUUAUUGCAUUGACAGUCCAACCAUGAUACGACAAUGCUUUUGUGCAGAGGGUUACGUACUAGCAAGUGAUGAAGUGUCCUGUACUCCCCAAGUGGAUUACCCAUGUGGGAAAAUACCUGUUUUGACAAAGCAAAGCGCAAGUCCACAGGGGAGAAUUGUAGGUGGUUAUGUCUGUCCUCCAGGUGAAUGUCCAUGGCAGGCUCUGCUAAUAGAGAAUGAGAAAGCAAAGUGUGGAGGUUCCCUGCUGGGACCGAGCUGGGUAGUUACUGCCGCUCACUGCUUAGAGUACACACAUCCCAAUCAGCUCCGAGUAAAGCUGGGUGAAUACAGAAUAGACCAUGAGGAUGAAGGGGAGCAAGAAAGGAAGGUUUCUGAAAUCAUAAUGCAUGAAAAAUAUAUUCCACAAAAAACUGACCAUGACAUUGCCCUGCUGCGCCUGGAGGCGCCUGUUAACUUCAGUGAUUAUGUGGUACCGAUAUGUUUGCCUGAGAAACAGUUUGCAACAUCUGAGCUGUCCUCCAUUAGGUUCUCCACAGUGAGUGGAUGGGGGCGUCUAAUAGAAGGAGGUGCUGCUGCUGCUGUUCUUAUGAGAGUUGAUCUGCCACGUGUAAAGACACAAGAGUGUAUACAGAAGGCCAACUUAAAUAUUACAGAAAACAUGUUCUGUGCAGGAGACCUCAGUGGGACUAAAGACUCCUGCAAGGGGGACAGCGGUGGACCUCAUGCCACAAACUACAAAAACACCUCGUUUCUGACAGGGAUUGUCAGCUGGGGGAAGGGGUGUGCUACUGAAGGCACUUACGGGGUUUACACAAGGGUGUCUAAAUAUCUCGAAUGGUUGAAUAAUCACAUGGAUUCAUAA